CACACACACUCUCAUACACUCCCUCCCUCUCUCCCAGUCACUCAGUCAGUUGCAACAACACGCUCACCGAGGUCGGCAGCACAAAGCAGAGCCGCUGUCUAACCAGCCUGCACACACUCUCACACAUCACACACACACACUCCUGACACACACGCCCAGACGCUCGACACACACCUCCUCAGCGAUGCCCGGGGAGCUGAAGCAAAACUGACGAGAGGAAGGAAGGACAGAAGCAAAGAGAAGAGAAGAAGUAAAAACAAUCAAUCAGGUUGUCCAAUUGAAGAGCUUCCCCCUGAGGCCCCCUGCUGACUGUUAACAAGCACAACUCUGUACAAGUCCGGGAGCUUCAUGAGUGUGUGCACAUAACCUCCACUCCACCUCUGUGUGUGUGUGUGUGUGUGUGUGUGUGUGUCAGGCACCAUGCUGUGGACAGUGAUACUAGCACUGCUGGUGCUUCUGCUGCUGCAGACUCAGCUGUCUGUGUGCUUAAGGGAAUUACGCAGCGGGGGUUCCAGCCCCCCUGCCUACUCCUCUUCAUCCUCCUCUUCCUCCUCCUCUCACAAUGCCACCCAGCAGCGGUUGCCUGGGGCGAUUAUUAUUGGUGUGCGGAAAGGCGGCACAAGAGCCCUGCUGGAGAUGCUCAAUCUGCACCCAGACGUGGAAGUGGCAAAGGCCGAGGUUCACUACUUCAACGUGGAGGAGCACUACCGCCGAGGCCUGGCCUGGUACCGAGCCCAGAUGCCCUUCACCCUCCCCAAUCAGCUGACAGUGGAGAAGACCCCUGGCUACUUCGCGGCCCCUCAGGUUCCUACACGUGUCUGGGACAUGAACCCCGCCGUCCGCUUGUUGCUCAUCGUCCGGGACCCCGCUGAGAGGCUGGUCUCUGACUACACCCAGGUCCUCCACAACCGACUGACCCGCCACAAGCCCUACCAGCCGCUAGAGGAUCUCCUGAUCCACAAGGGCCACAUUGAUCCCGGGUACAAGGCGCUGCAGAGGAGCCUGUACUACCAGCAUCUUGCACGCUGGCUGGAGGUCUUCCCCAGGGAGCAGAUCCACGUAGUGGAUGGCGACGCGCUCAUUCGGGAUCCCUUCCCCGAGCUGAGAAAGGCUGAGAGGUUUCUGGACCUGCCGCCCAGGAUAAGCCCCAACAACUUCUACUACAACACCACCAAGGGCUUCUACUGCCUCCUGUCUGCCGGACACGACAAGUGCCUGGACGAGUCUAAAGGCAGGCCGCAUGCGCCGCUGAGCACCCAGGCCUUUAAGAAGCUCUGUCACUACUUCAGGAAGCCCAACAAGCUGUUCUUUGAAAUGGUGGGGAGGUCGUUUUCCUGGUGCUGAUCCAGUGAUGAAACGCACCGCCUGCUCAACGCAGACACAUUCAGGGACACAGAGAGGGACAGAAGACUGUGGUUUGUGUGUUUUUGUAGGUAGAUGAGUGAAAAGAUUUUAGUUCGAUUUAAGUCAUAAACAUCUCUUGUUGUUUAUACCUACUCAGGUAUAAAUGUGGCCAACGAAAGCAGCACAUAUGUGUGUUUGAGUGAAGAUAUGUGAAGAGUUAGAGUGGUCAACACAAACCUUUACCAUGACCAUACUGGUGCCUCCUGGGACAAACUCACUUGACGAAGCUUACGACAACUGUGCCAUACGCAAGUUUGAAACCGGACACGCGACUAACUCCUUGUUAGUGUUCAUCUGUGGGGUGAAAAGAAGAUGUGCAGACUUUGAAGUGAUGUAGAAAUAGGCAAGUGAUGAAAAGAUGGUCGAAUCUAUUAAUUGUUGCACUAUGAACUCUAAUUGCAUAAAAAAAAAAAAAAGUCAAUCGAGGUUCAGUGUGGACAAUUUCAAACAAAAACCAACUCCUUGCUUUUAUUUUUCUCAACAGUUGUAACAUGUUUAUAUGAUAGUCGAAAUGUUUUAGUUGAAUCAUCCUCUUUACUUGUUUCUUUUGUUAUUUUUCAAGGCCGACUUUCAGAUGUUCAAUGAAAUCUUUUCUUGUUUUUAGCUCUUUAGAAACUAGCCACCUUGAAAACUUCUUUUGGUUUCUUUUUUACUUUCAAGGCCAAUGUAGUACUAUCGCUAGUUUGUGUUUUUUAAGAC